UUAAUCAAAAAUAAAUUUCAAAACAUUUCAUUAAAACUUUUCAUCUGAAGGGAACAUUUCUGAAGAAUUUUUCUUCCAAUAUUUAUCAAAUCAAAAUAUUUCUUUUUCGCUAUGAAUUAUUUUUCUGAAAAAAGGUCUGAAGAGUCUGAAGAACCCAGUGUUUCUAAUAUCAAGAUCAAUCUAGAACAUUCGAAGCAGAAAUUAAGAAGAAAUAGGAAGAAGCGUAUCACCAAGCCAAAAGCAAUUCGUCUUGAUUUCAAAAAGAAAUUCAUUAACGUUCUUCGUAAAGAACAUAACAGCCUUGGCUUAACUCGUAAUGCCAAAUUAAUUCUAAAUUCUCUAGUCAAUGAUAUUUUCGAUCGUUUAUCAGAGCAAGCAAUUAAUUUUCAAAAAGCUUCAAAAAGAAAUACUUUAACUCAUCGUGAUAUGGCUUCAGCUUGUUCAGUUUUAUUUAGUGGUAAUUUGCAAAGUCAUGCAAAGACAGCUGGCACUAAAGCUGUUGUCCAAUAUUUACGUUCAUAUAAAAAAUAAAUGUUUUGACCUUAUUUAAACCUUA